CCGGCGGCCGCGGCCGCCCCCCCACCGCUUUGGGGGCGGGGACUGAGGAAGGGGGCGGAGACCGGGGAAGGGGCGGGAGGGGGGCUGACCUCGAUCUCGGCGGAGCGGGCUGUCCCGGCGAGUCCCACCCGCCGGCGCAGGCCCCGGCCGCGCGCCCCCCCCUCCGGCUCUCCCCGCCCCCGGCGCGGGCGGCGGGCUGCGCUGGUCGCGGCGGGCCCGCAGGCGGCCAUGGCGGCGGGCGCCGGGGCCAGGCCGGCGCCGCGCUGGCUGAAGGCGCUGGGCGAGCCGCUGAGCGCCGCGCAGCUGCGGCGGCUGGAGGAGCAUCGCUACAGCGCGGCGGGGACCUCGCUGCUCGAGCCGCCGCUGCAGCUCUACUGGACCUGGCUGCUCCAGUGGAUCCCGCUCUGGAUGGCCCCCAACACCAUCACCCUCCUCGGCCUCGCCAUCAACCUGGUCACCACGCUCGUGCUCAUCUUCUACUGCCCCACGGCCACCGAGGAGGCACCAUACUGGACAUACCUUUUAUGUGCACUAGGACUCUUUAUCUACCAGUCACUAGAUGCUAUCGAUGGGAAACAAGCCAGAAGAACAAAUUCUUGUUCUCCUUUAGGAGAACUUUUUGACCAUGGUUGUGACUCUCUUUCCACAGUAUUUAUGGCAGUUGGAGCUUCAAUUGCUGUUCGCUUAGGAACUCAUCCUGACUGGCUGUUUUUCUGCUCUUUUAUUGGGAUGUUCAUGUUUUAUUGUGCCCAUUGGCAGACUUAUGUUUCAGGUGUCUUGAGAUUUGGAAAAGUGGAUGUAACUGAGAUUCAGGUAGCGUUAGUCAUCGUCUUUUUGUUGUCUACAUUUGGAGGAGCAACAAUGUGGGACUACACGAUACCCAUUCUAGAAAUUAAAUUGAAGAUCUUUCCAGUUCUUGGAGUAGUAGGUGGAGCAAUAUUUUCCUGUUCAAGUUAUUUCCACGUUAUCCUCCAUGGUGGUGUUGGCAAGAAUGGAUCCACUAUAGCAGGCACCAGUGUCUUGUCACCUGGACUUCACAUAGGACUAAUUAUUAUACUGGCAAUAAUGAUCUAUAAAAAGUCAGCAACUAAUGUGUUUGAAAAGCAUCCUUGUCUUUAUACCCUAAUGUUUGGGUGUGUCUUUGCUAAAGUUGCACAAAAAUUAGUGAUAGCUCACAUGACCAAAAGUGAACUGUAUCUUCAAGACACUAUCUUUGUUGGGCCAGGUCUUUUAUUUUUAGACCAGUAUUUUAACAAUUUUAUAGAUGAAUAUGUUGUUCUAUGGAUAGCAAUGGUCAUUUCUUCAUUUGAUAUGAUGAUAUACUUUAGUGCUUUGUGCCUGCAAAUUUCAAGACAUCUUCAUCUAAAUAUCUUCAAGACUUCAAAUCAUCAAGCACCUGAACAGGUUCAAGUUCUUUCUUCAAAGAGUCAUCAGAAUAAUAUGGAUUGAAGAGACUUUCGAACGCUUGCCAUCUCUUGCUGCUGCUGUUUCAUGAAAGGAGAUAUUAAACAUUUGUUAAAUUUUUAGUUAAGUGUUAUACAUAUUUCAUCAAAUAAAGUAUUUCAGUGCUUACAUUAA